CUAUCCCUCUCUGAUUAUUUGAAGCUAAGCACACUCUCUUCAUCAUAAUUUCUCUAACUCCAAAUAUCAUGGCUGCCACUACAACAACCAAAAGCUUCUUAUUCAAACAACAUUCUUCCAUGUUAAAAGCAGACUCAUUUUCCUCUAACAGUCUCUUUGUUAUCCCUACACUUUCCAAACCAUCAUCAACAACAGCAGCGACACUCCAGACAAGUCACAAGAAGCUCAUUACAAAGGCAAGUGCUACAGCCAAGAAGGAAACAAUUAGUGAUGAGAGAGUUCAACAAGUUCACAGUACCGAAGAAUUCGACGUUGCACUUCAAACAGCGAAAAACAAGCUUGUGGUAGUACUCUUCACGGCUACUCAUAGUAAUUAUAGUCGUGAAAUAUACCGUUUGAUGGUAGAUUUAAGUAGAACAUGUAACAACGUCGUUUUUGUCUUAGUAAUGGUUGAUGAAUCUGACAAAACAAAAGCGAUUUGUGAAAGACAGAAGAUUGAAAGAGUUCCACACUUCAGUUUUUACAAAAGUAGGGAGAAAAUCCAUGAAGAAGAAGGAAUAAUUGGUCCGGAUGAACUCAUGCGAGACAUAUCAUACUACGGUGACAAUCAUUCAGCCGUAGUUCGACUGCAUUCAAGAAAAGAUUUUGAAAAUCUUGUUGAGGAGCAUAAAAUUGAUAACAAGCUGAUUGUUCUCAACAUAGGAUCAAAACAUUGUGAACCAUGUAUCAAGGUAUAUCCGACCGUCUUAGUGUUAUCGCGACAAAUGGUGGAUACCGUAGUUUUUGCGAGAAUGGACGGAGCUGAAAAUGAAAGUUGCAUGCAAUUCUCAAAGGAUAUGAAAGUUGUUGAAGUUCCAACAUUUUUGUUUAUCAGAGAUGGUGAUAUAUGUGGAAGGUACGUUGGAUCAGACAAAGUAAAACUGAUGGACGAGAUAGUCAGAUACCAAAAGAGUUGAUAUCAACCUAUUAUGAGCCCGUUAAUCUAUUUUGCCAUUGUUUUCAUUUUAAGUUUAAACUACAAGAUUACGAAAAUAAAUAUGUAAUCUUUCAAAAAGAUUGUAUUAAUAAAUAUGUAAUGCUUCAAAUAAAGAAAAUAA